AUGGUGGCGAAUAGCGCACGCCCUGGCCGUCGUGCGUCCAAUCGACAUGAGCGGCCAAGCACCUCUGGAGCUGGGGUAUAUCACCUCAGUCCCCUCAAGGCACGCGACGGGCGUAUGAAGCGCCUCAUCCGACCUACUAAAAGUCAAGCCGCCGCGUCUACUUCUGGGCCGGCGCAAGCACUCGGAAGUGCUACCGAGGGCACUGGGGAUGAUGAGUGGGUGGAUGAGAUGGCCGACGACAGCCUCCCGAUACCACCCCCAGAGCCGGUGUACGUUCCCCCACCCCCUCGCCGAGUCGUAAUCUCUCGUUACAACUUGGCGGAUGCUUGGGGGAAUCUCCUUCCUCUGCUGGAAGCUCCAUGGGCCCACUUCAAGCGGACUACUCACGCCUCUCCACCAUCGCACAUUCCUCCGUCCCUCCACCACCCAUGCCAGAAUUCAUGCAAUACUUAUGUCAACAAGUCAGUCGACUGCCUAUACCCUACGCAUUUACAAAAGGUCUUUGUCUCGACGUGCAGCUGCAAGCCACUUGCCGUCCUCCUAGUCGAAAAUGGGGUUUUUCCCUCGUCGCCUCAGAAGCCGCGAAUCGGGGUCUCCAUCGACCUCUUGGAGCUUUACAAGGCGCUGUUCGAGCGAUCUUGCGACGCGAUCACGGCACUUGCACAUGCACUUCAAACAGUGUAUGAGCGGCGUGGUUAUGACGUCUCAUCCACAGGGCGAAGUGGUGCCAAGGCAUCAGAUCCCUUUCGUCGGAGCCUCACGCAGGCAGUCCUUUGGUCGAGCAACCUGCGCGACCACAUCGCACUUAGGGUUGAUGCAGCUCUCGCUGCUGUCGAGGCCUCCGCCGCCACCUCCGCAUCUGCCUCCGCUGCCUCCGCCGCCUCCGCCGCCGCCCCCAACGUCGCCGCCACCUCCACAUCUGCCUCCACCGCCACCCCCGCAUCUGCCGCGUCUGCUGCCAACGCCGCCAACGCGGCCGCCACCUCCGCAUCUGCCUCCACCGCCACCCCCGCAUCUGCUCCGUCUGCCAACGCUGCCGCCACUCCCGCGUUUGCCAACGCCGCCACUGCUGCACCAGCCUCCCAUGCACAUCGGACUCUUCGAGAGCGCUGUCCAUUGUACGUUGUCAAGCACUUGUAUUAUGCCUCUGUCCUGAUAUAUCCUAGUGGUGGCGAUGUCCAGCUUGGGGGUGAUGCAUGUUUCAGUUAUCGGCACCUCCGUUCCGCGGGUGACGGCCCAAUUGGUUAUACCCCACGUCACUUUGUCUCCAAAGGAAAGGUUGACCAGGUGCGACGGCGGGUAGACGAGGCCAAGCGAAGGAGGCCAACGCAAACACUGGAUGACAGCUGUUCCGAGAAUUGGACAGCUGCCAAUGAGAAGAAGAAAAUCGUCGAUCCCAAGCGAUAUGAUGCGAGUGGCAUCUUCGCCCUAGUCUGUCGUCAUGGUCAGACACUUUUCUGCUGCAACAUUGACACCCCAGGAGAGCAACACUACUAUAUCAUUGCCCUUCUUGAGGAAGUGCUUCAACUGCUGCCUCCCAAUGCCACUAUCUCCCAAGCUUAUGACGUUGGCUGUGUUAUUGACCGUAGCCAGUAUCUAGUUGGUUAUUUAAACUUCUUCACCACUUUUGAUAUUGAUAUUCCUUUGUUUAGUUUGAUAUUCUGGGGGCAGGUGUUCGAGAACGCAUUAUGUUUGUUCUCAACGCUAUGCAUGCGUAUGGCCACGAGUGGCGAUGCCAGCUCCAGUACAAUCCCCGGAUGGCUAUGGUCUCGUAUUCGGAGGCUGAUUCCAAUUACACGUGGACAAUGGAACUCACGCCGAAUCUGGACAAUAGACCAGUAUAUCAACUUCGUCAACACAGACGGUUUUUAUAGACUGGGAGAUUGGGUCCUUCGGCAACAAUCGAAGAAUGUCCAGCGUCGGUAUCAUGAUGCGUUGAGCCUUCUACGCAGAUGUGGUGUCCCUGUUCCUGAAUUGCGGGAGGAAUGGAUGGCUCAGAAGGCCACACAAAUAUCUGGCCGUAGGCAUGCUCCAAAGCGCUUACGUCAGGAUCUUGACAGGGUUGUUGCACUGCAAGCCCAAAUCGAUGCUAUCGAAAAAUCGCUUGUAGAUGUUCGGCAGUCAAUUUCAGAUCAGACCGCCUCCGCCGACUCCUAUCGCCACCUUCGUGAAUUGGAGGCGACUCAUGCUGACCUAGAAAAACAGGCUGAAGCUUUAUAUUCAUCGCUCAACAUUCAUAACAUCUAUCCUGCUCUAGAAGGGGUACCUCCAGAGCUUGCACGACUUCUUGUUACUAUGCGUGAUCUGAAGAUCAAUAUUCGCAAAAGGGCAAUUGGCUCAUUUCAGGAGUGGGAAACACUUGAUCAGGCGGUAUCAGGCCGACGGGAACCAUUGGGAACGAAGCUAUAUCAAGCAACACGGUCAACUAUUACAAAACGUCAACCUGCUCUCCUCAAAGCACUUAAAAAGUUCAACGCCUACUGCUCUGAGUUUGAGAUUCUCAGGCCUCCUGACUGUCAGAUUGCUGUUCCACGCCCACUGCCAACGACUCUUGCUGCGCUCCGAGAAGACUCCUCACUACAUGAAGACAUCUGGACAACUCCUACCGAGGGUCGGCCACCACGAUGGCUUGAGGAUGAGGACGUUCGGCAAGGUAUUCGCAAUCUUCACAUUGUUGAUCGGUGCGAAGAGGAGGGUUUGCGACUCCAAUUAGAAUCUGCUAAUAUGCAGCUUUGGGUUGAGAAAGAGUUGAAUAUUGCAACUCUGGCAGUUCGGAGAAAUACCGAUCCAACCUUGGACCUCCCACUCCGUGAAAGGCUUGGGUAUAUAUCCAGCCUUCAAGCUGCUUGGUCUAGAGGCAUUCGCAGUGGAUCAUUGGCCAUAGCUUCCUCUGCUAACUUGGCAACACCUUCAACCCUGGGAGGCUCUGAGAGGCACCCUUCAGCCCUGGGAGGCUCUGAGAGGCACCCUUCAGCAGCCCUGGGAGGCUCUGAGAGGCACCAGUUAGAAGAGUCAGAGGAGUUACUUGAUUCAGAGGGUGCUUCACUUGAGGUAUUCAAUGCUGAUGAGCAGGAUUUGUCAACUAUUGAGCCUGAAGAACCCUCUGAAUCAGUUGACAUCUUCCAGGAGGUCUUAGAUGGCAAUGAUGAAGAAGGUACUACAGAUCUUCUCCAACUAGGAAACUUUGAGAUUCAAAUGAAAUCCUCUGUGCCUCCAAUGCAGGUUGACACCACCUUCGUUCAUGCUAUUGAACAGUACCUUUCCUCUCAAGAACACUCCCCUUCCCUCCAUGAAACACGGGUCAUCAUUGAUAUCCAUGGCCGAAAGCAACUUAUAGAUGUUGAAGACCUCGCUCGCCUCAAAGGGCCUACGCAGUGGUUGAACAACUUCUGUAUUAACGGAGUUGCAACAGCCAUCAUGAAAACGCUCCUUACACCAGAGGACCUUUCUCGCAGUGCGUUGCUCGACACCUUGGACCUCCAUCGGGUUCAAUAUGGUUCUGAUGACGCUGUCCUUUGGCACCAUUUGGCUCCAACCGAAUAUUGGUGCAAGCCCUUGUGGCUGAUUCCUGUGCAUCGACGUUCACAGCAGCACUGGGUCUUAGCUGUAGUAUCAGUUGAAGAGAAGUUGGUCUUCUUCUAUGACAGUUUUGCAGAAGUGGAGGGCUGGGAGGCUGACUUCAAGGAUAUUUCAACUCUUCUCUCCCACAUGUUUGCUCUUGCUACUGCUCAUGGUCACCAUAUCAACACAAAGGAGGCAACUAUACCAUGGUCUGCACAUCCUUUGUUUCAAGUGAAUAUGCCUCAGCAAAGCAAUAGCCAUGAUUGUGGUGUCUGGGUGUUAUGCAUGCUCACUGCAAUUCUUCGUGGAUAUUCGGCCGUGAAUAUUGCUGAGCGUGACAUACCACACAUUCGGACAUUACUUACUCGGUUGAUCUACACAUUCCCUCGAUAUGUGCGUACGAAAAGAGGCGGUCAGAGGUAG